AUGAAUAUGGAAGUCAGUAAUGAGUGGCUUGUGGGGCUUUCUAAGGAUGGCAUCAGAAUUAAUGUAACCACCCUGAAAAAUGAUGGGGAGGUAUCUAAAGAACAGGUUGUUCUUAACAUAACCUAUGAGAAUGGACAGGUAUAUGUAAAUGACUUCCCUGUAAGUAGUGGUGUAACCCGAAUAAGCUGUCAGACUUUGAUAGAGAAAAAUGAAAAUCUGGAAAAUUUGGAGGAAAAAGAAUAUUUUGGAAUUAUCAGUGUAAGGAUUUUAGUUCAUGAGUGGCCUAUGACAUCUGGUUCCAGUUUGCAACUAAUUGUCAUUCAAGAAGAAGUAGUAGAGAUUGAUGGAAAACAAGCUCAACAAAAGGAUGUUAUUGAAAUUGAUAUGUUAGUUAAGAACCAGGGAAUACUUAGACAGUCACACUACGCCCUUCCUUUGGAAGAAAGCAUGCUGUACUCUAUUUCUCGAGAAAAUGACAUUUUAUUUACCCUUCCCAACCUCUCCAAAAAAGUAGAAAGUAUGAGUUCAUUGCAGACCACCAGCCAGUAUCUUAUCAGAAAUGUGGAAACCACUGUAGAUGAGGACGCUUUACCUGGAAAAUUACCAGAAACUCCUCUUAGAGCAGAACCUCCAUCUUCAUAUAAG